ACUUGCCACUCUACAGCGCCGUUGUAAAAAAAAAAAAAAAGACAAAAAGAGGCCAGGAGUCGUACGAGUGAGCGGAGAGUGAAAGAGUCACAGAACGAGUCACAAGAGUAAGUGAGGGAGCGAGGGACCGUUAAUUUCAUCCACCCCGUUUCAAGUGCGCCCGGGAGAAUUACAUUGUUGCAACAUCACCUUACCGAAGAGGCAACGGGGAUAGCUAUUACAACAAAUAAAGAAAUAGAGAUAUCACCAUGGAUCUUUAUGACGGGGACGACACCGUUUAUAUGCCGCAAGAGGACGACUGGGACCGCGAUCUUCUCCUAGACCCUGCGUGGGAAAAACAGCAGAGAAAGACGUUCACAGCAUGGUGCAACUCCCACCUCAGGAAGGCUGGCACCCAGAUCGAGAACAUCGAGGAGGACUUCAGAGACGGCCUCAAACUCAUGCUGCUGCUGGAGGUCAUCUCGGGGGAGCGCUUGGCCAAACCGGAGCGCGGGAAGAUGCGGGUGCACAAGAUCUCCAACGUCAACAAGGCCCUGGACUUCAUCGCCAGCAAAGGGGUCAAGCUGGUGUCCAUCGGGGCGGAAGAGAUCGUUGAUGGUAACGCCAAGAUGACUCUCGGAAUGAUCUGGACCAUAAUCCUCCGCUUUGCCAUACAGGACAUCUCUGUGGAAGAGACAUCAGCCAAAGAGGGCCUGCUAUUGUGGUGCCAGAGGAAGACUGCUCCCUACAAGAACGUCAACAUCCAGAAUUUUCACAUCAGCUGGAAGGAUGGGUUGGGAUUCUGUGCGCUCAUUCACAGACAUCGUCCAGAGCUCAUUGACUAUGGGAAGCUGCGGAAGGAUGACCCCAUGACCAACCUGAACACGGCCUUUGAUGUGGCCGAGAAGUACCUGGACAUUCCCAAGAUGCUGGACGCCGAGGACAUCGUGGGCACUGCCCGCCCGGACGAGAAGGCCAUCAUGACCUACGUCUCUAGCUUCUACCACGCCUUCUCGGGCGCACAGAAGGCAGAGACGGCGGCCAAUCGGAUCUGCAAGGUGUUGGCCGUCAACCAGGAGAAUGAGCAGCUGAUGGAGGACUACGAGAAACUGGCCAGUGAUCUGCUGGAGUGGAUCCGCCGCACCAUCCCCUGGCUGGAGAACCGGGUCCCGGAGAACACCAUGCAGGCCAUGCAGCAGAAGCUGGAGGACUUCCGGGACUACCGGCGCCAGCACAAGCCGCCCAAGGUGCAGGAGAAGUGCCAGCUGGAGAUCAACUUCAACACCCUGCAGACCAAGCUGAGGCUCAGCAACCGGCCCGCCUUCAUGCCCUCCGAGGGCAAGAUGGUCUCGGACAUCUCCAACGCCUGGGGCUCGCUGGAGGGGGCGGAGAAGGGCUACGAGGAGUGGCUGCUCAACGAGAUCCGCAGGCUGGAGAGACUCGACCACCUGGCAGAGAAGUUCCGCCAGAAAGCAGCCAUCCACGAGGCCUGGACUGAAGGCAAGGAGGAGAUGCUGCAGCAGAAGGACUUCGAGUCCGCCUCUUUAUCAGAGAUCAAGGCCCUGCUGAAGAAGCACGAGGCCUUUGAGAGUGAUCUGGCGGCCCAUCAGGACCGAGUGGAGCAGAUCGCUGCCAUCGCACAGGAGCUGAACGAGUUGGACUACUACGACUCGCCCAGCGUGAACGCCCGCUGCCAGCGGAUCUGUGACCAAUGGGACGCGCUGGGCGCCCUGACCCAGAAGCGGAACGAGGCCUUGCAGAGAACCGAGAAGCUGCUCGAAACCAUCGACCAGUUGUACCUCGAGUUCGCCAAGAGGGCGGCGCCAUUCAACAACUGGAUGGAAGGGGCCAUGGAGGAUCUGCAGGACACCUUCAUUGUCCACACUAUUGAGGAGAUUCAGGGUUUGAGCACAGCCCACGAGCAGUUCAAGGCCACGCUCCCAGAGGCAGACAAAGAGCGGCAGGCCAUCUUGGGCAUCCACAAUGAGAUCUCCAAAAUUGUGCAGACCUACCACGUCAACAUAGCCGGCACCAACCCCUACACCACCAUCAACCCCCAGGAGAUCAACGCCAAAUGGGACAAGGUGCGACAGUUGGUGCCGCAGCGGGACCAGGCCCUGAUCGAAGAGCACGCCCGGCAGCAGAACAACGAGCGCCUGCGCAAGCAGUUCGCCAACCAGGCCAACGUCAUCGGCCCCUGGAUCCAGACCAAGAUGGAGGAGAUCGGUCGCAUUUCGAUUGAGAUGCACGGCACCUUGGAGGACCAGCUGACGCACCUGCGUCAGUACGAGAAGAGCAUCGUAAACUACAAGCCAAAGAUAGACCAGCUGGAGGGAGACCACCAGCUCAUUCAGGAAGCCCUCAUCUUCGACAACAAGCACACCAACUACACCAUGGAGCACAUCCGCGUUGGCUGGGAGCAGCUCCUCACCACCAUCGCUCGCACCAUAAACGAGAUUGAGAACCAGAUCCUGACCCGGGACGCCAAGGGCAUCAGCCAGGAGCAGAUGAACGAGUUCCGGGCAUCCUUCAACCACUUCGACAGGGACCACUCCGGCACACUGGGCGCUGAGGAGUUCAAGGCCUGCCUCAUCAGCCUGGGCUUCGAUAUCGCCAACGACGCGCAGAAGAGAACAGGAAUGAUGGAGGCCGAAGACUUCAGAGCCUGCCUUAUCUCCAUGGGUUACAACCUGGGCGAGUCCGAGUUCUCCCGCAUCAUGAGCAUCGUAGAUCCCAACCGGCUGGGGGUCAUCACCUUCCAGGCCUUCAUCGACUUCAUGUCCCGCGAGACUGCCGACACGGACACGGCCGACCAGGUCAUGGCCUCCUUCAAAGUGCUGGCCGGAGAUAAGAACUACAUCCUAGCGGAUGAGCUGCGUAGGGAGUUGCCUCCAGACCAGGCGGAGUACUGCAUCGCCCGCAUGGCGCCCUACACUGGUCCUGACGCUGUACCUGGCGCCCUUGACUACAUGUCCUUCUCCACCGCUCUCUAUGGAGAGAGUGACCUCUGAACCCUCCUCCGGGGCCGCCCUGGGACCAUCAACUCAGCAAUGCCCGGUCCACAGCCAUCUUCUCCUCAAAUUACCCACAGCUAGCUCCUCCCUGCCCCCUCCACAACCCUGUUCAUACAAAAGCUAGCGCCUGCCUGUCCUCCUCCACAGUGUACUCCUCUUCACCCUUCCCACAGCUAGGCCCUUCCAACUGACGAUACGCCCCCCCCCCCCCCCCCUUUCCCAAAGGCAGAUUCCCCUCCUGCCUCACCACCAUAGCCCUGCUCCUACCAUGCUGGCACAUUUUUUGUACACCCCCAGCCUUUUGCCACCCCGUUCCUCCCCCCAUUGCCCGCUGCCCCCCCCCCCCCCCCCCCGCUCCCAUUUGUUGUACUUGCUUUUGAUGCAAUGCAGCACCUCUCCAGGUUUACAAAGGGGAGAGAGAAUUGUUUCUUUCUGUUUUUAUUUUUUGUUGUUCUUGUUUUUCUUCAAAAAAAUAAAAAUAAAAUUAACAUAUUUUAUUAUAC